CAGGUACUAAGAAGAACGCGAAGGCCGUUGCAGCCUCAACCCCUCGUCUCGUUAGCGAAGAGGACCACGAAGCAGCAGCAGGAACUACACAGCCAGAUGAACAAAAUGCCGGUGUGCUUGUUCCCUAUUCAUCAUGGGCAAGGGGCGCGGCGGGCAGAUGGCGCAACGGUACACGUUCAUGAGCAACCUGCCGCUCGACCUGUUGCACGACGAAUCGCACGACCACGUGAACCGCAUCGACGUGCUCUACGGCCAGGGGGGUUCGUUCGGCUAUUUGAACCAAGAGCGGACUACCAAGGAUUGGAAGCUGGAGAACUGUCGGGGGCCGAAGCAGCCGGUGGACAACAAGGGACACUGCGAAAAGCCGAAAGACGACCAGUGGACCACUGAACUGCGGGAGCAAAUGCCAUCCACGCUCUACGAAUGGAUGAGUCACGCGAAAGAGAAGAAGUACGAUUUUCCGGACGACAUUCUGACCGGGAAGGAAGAGGAUUACAACCUUAAUCCUGCUGUUUUGAAAACCGAAUACGGUUCCGACGUGCCGAAGUUUCUGCAAAACCACGUUUUUCUAUGACAGUGCACAACUCCCCCUCGUUCUCAUUUCUCAUGCAGAAUACCAGAUCCACGCUUUUUCUCCUGUCACUAUUAUGCAUGACAGAUUCCGGAAGCCGAAACAGCACCAGAAUCGGUCGCGAACUUGUCAUGCAAAAGCUGCAUUUAUGCCAGCCAGGAUUUGUGUUGCUGCUCAUGCCAACAUGCAAAUAAGGGGAGGGGGGGUUGUGCACUGUCAUAUUUUCCCCGCUUCAAGAUCCACAUGACCCUGGACAUCGGUGACCGGUGCGCCACGCUCGAAAAGCACCGACGCGUGGAGCAAUUUGUGGAAAUUUACGAAAAAUCCAAAGACCUGCGACAAUUCCACGACAGUUGGUUUUGGGAAGAGGAUUUUUGUGUCACGGGGAAGGAAGAAGGCUUUGUUGCCACGAUUUUUGACAUGAGCCGGUUCGCCCUCGCGCAGGGCUUUCACCGGUACCAGCGGGCCAAGGGGUUUCAGUUUUGGCUGCAACACAACAUUGAGCAAUUCGAUCAACCGCUGUUUGGGGAGCAAGUGUACAUCGAGUUCUACGAUUGUGACUCGAUGCUCAGCAAGAAGGUGAAAAAAGCCCGGUGCCGCCACAACUGGCCCUUCAUGACGCAACUGCUCUCCCCCGCGAAAGCUGGGGGCGGCGGGCUGCUGGGCGGGGAGAAGCUGAAGAAGCUGGAACGUCCUGCGCAGCCGUGAGGAAGGAUUGCAUUCUUGAUGGUGGGGGCUAGACAUAGUUCUGGUCAAAUGCAAUUUUUUAUCAACACUUUUUUUUCAGAUCGCAAUUAGUACCCAAGCCCCUUCGGGUGAAUUCAAAACUUCAUAUUGUUUCGCACUAGUAAAUCAAGUACGUAAACCAUGUUUUUUUUUUAGACAACUAAAUUUUUUCUUCGCAAAGCUUUCGAAAUGAACAAGCAGUAACUUUGAAAUAGCCUCGUUUUACAGCCAAAAGAACUGCCACAGAAAGCACUUCACUCAGCUGUAACUUGCUAAACCACGUUUUCAAGUAUUCCUACAAGCAAGCAAACAAACAAACAAAUUUUUUUGCACUCUCAUUUCUUCACAUUGCACUAGACAUAAUCUUGUAGACCAGUAGCAGUAAUAUUCUCUUCCUAGUUUCACAAGAUAGCGGUCGUCGACUGCGAAGGCAUUUUUACUUUUUCAUUUUUAUUUUACCCGACACUGACCCCUUCGUUCCCCAGCAGAACGAGCCAUCAGCACAAGAAGAAGUAGUUAGUUGCUUCACUGGUAUCCCCGAAAUACUGGCAUCCCCGACUCCUGUUGCGUUUUUCCAUUGGAAAACGAAACAAAAUUUUACACAAUGAUCGUUUCCACUUUAACAACAUGUAAAUCAGAAUCCCCUCCUGAAGAACAAGGCAUCAAGCUGAAAGCCCAGCAUUCAUAACACGAAACCCCGAACAAGAUUUCCCAUCCCGUACACGACUUAUUUCCAAAAUAUUAAAAACCUUAACCUUCUGCGCAAUUCAACUAGAGCUACUUGCGCACACCCGCAUCAAC